CUUACAAUACAAAUACUGUUGUUGUGAUUUGGCGCUGUGUAAAUAAAGUUGAAUUGCAGAACAUGAAAUCACUGGGUUAGGUAGUUGGUUGGAUUCUGCUAACAGGCUUAGCAGACUUAGCAUAGACAUGAGUUUAAGUUAACAUAUAAGUGGAAAACAAGGAAACAGACGAAAGAAGUGAUAAUAUUAAUAAAAGCAGUACUUUCAACUAUGAGUUCAAAUGAAGUAUUCUGCUCUUUACUACACAAUCCAUUGAACAAUACUGUAAUUCUUGGGCGUUUCUUUUUUCCCCCUUGGGUGGUCUUUUUGCUGUGACCAGCCAGACAUCCAACCAGUAGGAGAAUAGCUAAGAAAAAAUCGAUUUGAUUGACAGUUUCUGGUUGCCAUUUUUCAUUUUAAUUAGUUCAACUACAUAAGAAAGUCUACGAUUGAUGUAGCUACAGUAAAAGCUACUUGUUGAUAGCCACUGAUACUUGGAUAAAACACUGAAUAACAGAAUUAGGUUCUUGUUCAACUCCGUAAGUAAAUCACACAACACAUGGCUGAGACUUGAGUUUUUUUGAGUUACAUUUGUUUGCUGUAGUAACUGGUUGGCAAAUGGUUUCUUUAUCCUCAAUAAAAAUGUGACUGAAAUAUACAGAAUCAAAUGUUUUUUUAGCUCAAAUAAAUAAUCACUUCCAUUCUAAAAAAAAAAACAGCAAACAGUACAAGUAAACUCAAACCUAAACAAACAUCACAAUCCAGUCAUUACCACCAAUCCAGCCUUUGUCCUGGACCUCACCAAACAUUUACAGAGACACAACACAAGAGAACAGUCAUGCCUUUGUCAUCAGCAACGUGGGGCCCCUGUCCUCGCUCUGUGAUCAGUGAGCGGCAGCAGAGUGAAGUCCAAACCUUUUAUCGUGCAAUUAAGAAACAAUCAUCAUAAUUUUGCGUCAGGGAGCAAAUGAGCGCUUGCUAUUAAAGGUGAAGCCAUUUUCCUGCUUUUACCUAACAAGCUUUUAAGGAAUGUUAUGACUGGUCAACAGCACCAUUCUCUGGCAAUGGUGAUGGAAAUUUGAGCUUUUCUAGUUAUAGACACAUACAUGAGAGCACAAGUCAAAAACUAAGAAUGAGAUGUAACUACAAUCAAAAACAUUAGUAUUACACGAAUAACUCAUUGUUUUUGAAUAAGAAUUACACAUUCAGUCUUCUCACAUGUUAUCUAAUGUCACAUAAUAUGAAUAUUUGAUCAUUUUCUUACUUUUUUAUUCAAUUUCUAUGUUACAGUGGAAUGUAUGAAAUGUAUGUAGAAAGUGACCGAAAAACUAUGUGCCAAAGGACACACUGAAGCAAAGCUUUCCCUCUGUGCUCUUAAAAGAAACCUCCCUUCUAAUGCCUCUGCAAUGUUUUCCCUCUUGAUUCACUGUAGUUUCAUUUAGUAUGAUGAUCAACAAAAUCGGGGCCAGCGUAGCACCAGAUAUGGUCGGGCUAAGUUGUAAGAGAGUCUCUUUAAAAUAGCGGUGAAAUGUGAAAUUUUGAAAAAAUGAAUUCUUAACCAAAUAAAAUAGUUAUUAAUGUUAGCGUGUUGGAGUACAACUUGCAUCCUAAACAGUAUUAAAGCUUUCUUGGGAUGUUCUCCCCCCCUCUAUGAGCUGCUAGUGGUUUGGUCCACCCCAAAGCAGCACAGACAAAAAUAGUUUCAAACUUGAUAGCGAUGGUGAGGACUUAGAUAACCACUGAUCAUGCUCCAAGACAGAACAGGGAACUAUUAUGAUGUGUAAAGUAACUAAGUAAAAAGUUCUUCUUAUGCCUGUAUAGCUGCUGAUAUAUCAUAAAAAUGUUUUUAUAUAAUAUAUAAUAAUAGUAGGCUAUCCCAAAAUAGUGAAAAACAGAGACUGAUUCAGCUGCAGCUCCAACUCUAAAUAAAUAGAUAUAUUUAUGUCAGUGAGAAUGUAGAGCAAGCUGAGCCUUAAAAGGCAUCCUUCAAAGCUUUACUAGAGGUGUUUUUGUAGGUUUGCACAAACAUAAAUCUGGCAACAACAAUGCAAUAUUUCUGUGGGUGAUAUUUAUGGAGUCUGUGGGGUCCAAAGGCUUCGCCACUGCUCUGGACUCUACACCACCCAACUAAUGACAAAACAUGUUACGGUUACAUCCACUAACCAGUUUCAGCUAUCUAAAUAGUUUUGUUUUGUAAAAUGUCUCAAUAAUUAAAGAGAAAACAUUAUUAAUAACAUUAUGAACUUGACAGAUAAUUGAGGUUCACAUUAGAAAAGCCUGCAUGUCAGCCGGUCUUCAUGGUGCACUUUCAUGCUACUUUAGGAAGGCAUGUCUUCAUAAGCAAAUGAUAAGAAUGAAGUUUCUGAGUCCCUCUGAAAGCAGUCUGGUUGCUCCACUUGUCCACAGUAUGAUGUAUCCUAACCUCAGUCUGAUGAUGGAGACCUGAACACCUGAGCGCUUACACAGACAUGCAGCGCAGUAUGUAGUUAUAUUUCAUUAAAGGCAUGUCAAACACUUCCUUACUGAUACAUGUACUUUUUAAUUUGUCACACACAUGCGGCCAUGGGGAUGAUAUUUGCGUGUAGACCACAUGGUUGUGCCCCACUCCCACUGUGUUUCUGCUUUAUAACAGUCAGUGUGCGUCAUGACUUUUAGACCACAUGUGUGAUCACAGAAAUGGCAGUAGAUGCACGGAAGGAGGUGGAGGAUUGAGGCCUUGUUAACGAACGCUCUAAUCUUCUUGUCUGCGAGGCAACGGGAGAGAAAAAUCAAGUCAAGUCAGCUGUGGUGUAGAGUCCCCCCUCCAAAGUAGGGGGAGUCAAUAAUUACACAGAGAAAAAGGAGGGUGGGGGUGUGCAGAGAGGAGAUGUCAGGGGGGGUGGAAACAGGGCAGGAGAGAGAGGUCAUAACGAAGAGGAAAAGAGACAAGAGAGGCAGCAGGAGACAAACGGCUUGUUUUUUCACUUUUUGUUUCGUCCCUCUGGAUCACCUGGAUUACUUCUGCUCUCUGCAGAAAGUAACUUCUCAUAAUUGGACCCUCAGCAUCUUCCUUGCCUAUAUGUUUGCAUGUGUGCAAUAUCUGUGCUCAUACAGAUCAGAGAGCAUCCACCUGAGAGAGACGCAGGCAGAUGAUGGAACCUGCACACCUCUCCCUUGCACUCUUCUUCCUCGUCUUCUCUCCUGUGAGUGGCCAGUGGUGGAGUUUGUUCUGGGGAAAUCCUAAAACCACCACCAUUCCUCCUUCAGUUACCUCUCCGACCGUGACGUAUCCAAGAUUUUCUGACACCCCGGGCACAACACCAGUGUGGUCAGUAAAAGUGGACGAGGUGCUGGUGAAUGCUGUGGAGGGUGUUCACACAGAAGGGUCUGUUUUGACCCCCACUCAGCCCAGCUCAGGAGUGUCACCGUCUGGUUUCACUACUGCAGAUCACUGGACAUUUCCUACAGGGAAGACUGCAGGUGGAGACAGUAAAAGUGGGUCUUCGGACAAACCCCUGAAACACUGGAGAAAUGAGCAAGGCUCAGGAAGUUAUCUGAACCUAACGGACUUAAUUGGCUUCCCCCUCCCUCCCUCUGUGUCCUUCACUGCUGGCUUUGAGGGUCAUCCAGCCUACAAAUUUGGGUCUCAAGCCAAUGUCGGCCGACUCACCAAAACCUUUGUGCCGGGAUCGUUCUACCGGGACUUUGCUAUCAUCGUCACGGUGCGCCCAGCUAGCCAGAGAGGUGGCAUGCUCUUUGCCAUCACAGAUGCCCAACGCAAGGUGGUGAAGCUGGGUUUGGCCCUCACUCCAGUUCGCGAGGGCCUCCAGAGCAUCUUACUGUACUACACUGACCAGGAGCAGGCCUCCCACAGCCACAAAGCGGCUGCCUUUAGCGUCCCGGAUAUGACUGACCAGUGGACACGAUUCACGGUGGUGGUGGAGCAUAAUGAGGUCCGUCUCUACUUGGACUGUGGAGAGGCCGAGAGUAAGGACUUCCAUCGUAGGCCAGAGAAACUCACCUUUUCACACAAUUCAGGCAUUUUUGUAGCUAAUGCAGGAAGCACGGGGCUUGACAAGUUUGUGGGUUCGAUUCAGCAGCUGGUCAUAAAAGACGAUCCAAGAGUGGCUGAGGAGCAGUGUGAAGACGAUGAUCCUUAUGCCUCGGGGUACGCCAGUGGAGACGAGGCUUUGGAUGACAGAGAGACAGAGAAAGACCUGAGGAAGACCGCAGAGGAGGAGGGUGUUCCCGUUAGUGCUCCGCCCACUGAUGCUCCAGAGCAGUUUGAGGACUUUUCUCCUCACACGGGUCCAACAGAAGCCCGAGUGGACCUGAUGACAGGGCUACACCGAACAGAGGAGGCGGGAGAGCAGCCACAGGGUGGUGAUGUCAGGUUAAAAGGAGAGCGCGGUGAUCCUGGCCCGCCUGGCCCACCUGGUCCACCAGGUCCUCCCAGUGUAUUGAGAGAGACUAAGCUUGGAACAUCUGGCCCACAGGGACCACCAGGAUCUCCUGGGCUGCCAGGAAAAGAUGGACACAAGGGAAGCAGAGGCGAUAAAGGAGGUCCAGGCCAAAAAGGGUCUCAAGGAUUUCCAGGCUUGAACGGAGAAGUUGGAGCUAAAGGAGAGAAGGGAGAUCCGGGAGUUGGUUUACCAGGCCCCCCUGGCCUUCCUGGACCCCCUGGACCCCCCAGAUCACGCAGUGUACCCUAUGGACCAGAUGCCCUGGGUUCUGGGUUUGAAGACCUGGACAGCGAUGCAGACCUCAUCCAGGGUCCUCCUGGUCCACCGGGCCCUCCAGGACCUCCUGGUCCCCCUGGACCCCACCUGUCCUCAUCUGCCACCACUGAAGGACUUUCUCCUGGGCAUGCUGGACCACCUGGUGCACCUGGCAGUGAUGGCCUUCAAGGCAAACAAGGAGUACCAGGUCCAGCAGGAAAAGCUGGUCCUCCAGGUUCACCUGGGGCUGCAGGCGAGAAGGGUGAGCAAGGCCUACCUGGGCCUCCUGGGCCAAAGGGUGAAAGUGGGUCAACGGGUGUCCAAGGAAUUCCAGGGCCUCAAGGGCCUAUUGGUCCAGAAGGAAAGAGAGGCCUUCCAGGCCCACCAGGACGUCCUGGCCCACCAGGGCCUCCAGGAACCAAAUUCUUUGCAGAGGAUAUGGAGGGAUCUGGCAUGACUGAUCAGAUUACUGGAGUCAGAGGCCCACAGGGUCCACCUGGCCCUCCAGGACCACAGGGUAGGGAUGGAGCACCAGGAGCUCCAGGGCUCUCUGUCAAGGGUGAACCAGGAGAACCAGGACCAGAGGGUCUCCGGGGUCCUGCUGGACUACCAGGUCCUAGGGGGGCCAAAGGAGAGAAAGGCGGUCCAGGACCCAAGGGUGAAAGAGGAGCUGAUGGCCUCAGUAUCCAAGGACCACCUGGGCCUCCUGGGGCUCCUGGACCUGUCAUUAAUGUACAUGAUCUGCUCUAUAAUGUCACAGAGGGUAUCUUCAACGUCACAGAGAUCAGAGGACCACCCGGGCCUACGGGUCCUGAGGGAUUGCCUGGCAGAGCUGGAUUUCCCGGCCCCAGGGGACCAAAGGGAGACAUGGGACCUACAGGUAUCCAGGGCCCCGCAGGGCUUAAGGGAGAGAAAGGAGAACCAGGGGUGACAAUUGCUGCUGAUGGAUCUCUCCUGUCUGCACCAAGAGGCCCUCAAGGGCCCAAAGGCACAAAGGGUGACCAUGGCUUCCCAGGACCUACUGGACUUACGGGUCCAAUAGGACCUCCUGGACAAAAAGGAGAAUAUGGUUUCCCCGGGCGACCAGGGCGACCUGGUAUCCCAGGGAGAAAAGGUGACAGAGGAGAUUCUGUUGGCCCACCGGGACCUCCAGGUCCUCCCGGCCCACCUGGACUUCCAGGAAGAAUUAUUGGCCUGAAUGGAACAGUGUUCCCGGUGCGCCCCAGACCGCAUUGCAAAAUGGGACGAGAGUCAAUGACAAGGGGACAUUCAGCUGGACCUAAAGGAGACAAAGGAGAUGAGGGAUUACCUGGGGAGCCAGGAACUCCUGGGCUCACAUUUCCAGAUGGAAAUGUGGGGACUAAAGGUGAUCAGGGAUACAAAGGUCAGAAGGGAGAAAAAGGGGAUGCGGGCCUGCCUGGUCCUCUGGGGAUCCCAGGGAGGUCAGGCCUUGUGGGUCCGAAAGGCGAAUCCAUUGUUGGUCCAAUGGGUCCUACUGGUUCUCCUGGUCAGCCUGGACCUCCAGGAUUUGGACGGUCUGGACCUCAAGGUCCGCCUGGCCCUCCUGGGCCCCCAGGACCACCCCCUCCAUACGGAUCAACUGUCAGUGUCCCCGGCCCUCCCGGUCCUCCUGGUCCACCGGGCUCUCCAGGAUAUGCAAACUUUGUUACCAGCUAUAAGACAAUCCACGCCCUCACCCAAGAGGCACACCAUGCUGCUGAAGGUACCUUGGCAUAUGUGUCUGAAAGGGGAGGCGAGCUGUACAUCAGAGCACGCAAUGGUUGGCACAAGAUCCAGCUCGGAGAGUUAAUCCAUUAUGAACCUUCAUCAGACACAUCUCAGUCCCUCAGCAGACCCGGAGAAUGGAGUAGAGCCCAUAGGAUGCAGAGCCAGGAGCUGCAGGAGGGAAGCAGAGGAUACCAGCACAGUUAUAACCUGCUACCACAGCAUUUCAAUGCCGUCUCUGGGCUUCAUCUCGUAGCACUGAACGCCCCGCUCAAAGGAGAUAUGCGUGGCAUCCGCGGAGCAGACUUCCAGUGUUACCAACAGGCACGCGCCGUGGGGCUCACCUCCACAUACAGAGCCUUCCUGUCAUCACACCUUCAGGACCUGGCAACCAUUGUCAGAAAGGCUGACCGCAAUGACAUGCCCGUGGUUAAUCUGAGGGGUCAAGUGUUGUUCAAUAGUUGGAUGUCCAUCUUCUCUGGGAAUGGAGGCGUGUUUGAUCCGUCCACACCCAUCUUCUCCUUUGAUGGACGCAAUAUAAUGAGUGACUCGGCUUGGCCAGAGAAGCUGGUUUGGCAUGGCUCCAGCACCACGGGCAUCCGCCUGACCACUAACUACUGCGAGGCCUGGAGGACAGCGGACAUGGCGGUGACGGGUCAGGUUGCCCUGCUGCAGACGGGACGACUGUUAGGGCAGCACGUGCGCGCCUGCUCCAACCACUAUGUAGUGCUGUGUAUAGAAAACACAUAUGUGGGCAACAUGCAUCAAAGGAGGAACUGAGCAAACAAACACACACACAUAAACACAUGCAGGCAUGAUCUAAGUAGAAGAUGUGACACAUGAAUGGGAAACACAUGCGGGCACAUAAUGAUGUACUUCAGCUCCCACAUGCAAACAUACCGAGAAACACUCCCACACUAACAUGCAUUCACAUUUAAAGAGGACUCAUACUCAUUUCCAGCUCCAUAUUUUUAUUUUUGGACUGUGCUAGAGUAACUUUGCUUUAUUCACAAUCCAAAGUAAUCCUUAUUUAUCUUAUACUGAGGAAGCACUUCAGUGCAGCCACGCCCCUUCUAAGAAGUUUCUUCUGAUUGGCUGCCACUCAUAAACACAGAAUUCAGAAUUCAGUAGCAGGUGGGCGGGACUUUUACACUCACAGUCUGAACUGCGAUAUGACGAGAUCCUCUCAAAUUCAUUAAAAGGCCCAGAGACUGAACCUUUGGCCUCAUUAUUUGAAACUUUGGUCAUCCUUGUAACACUGUAACAACAAAAAUAUGAUAGAAUUAGGCUUAAAAAUAAGACAAAAAAGGAAGAGCAGUAGGUCCUCUUUAAGUUUUCUUUGUAUUGGUUUCAUGUUUAGUUCCCACUCGAAGCCGGAUUUAAGCCUGCGGGUCUUACAUGUCUGUCCGUGUCUAGAUUUUUCUUAGCCGUCUGCAUCAAACAGGCUACAGUUACCAUGCAUAAAUUUGUCUGCAAGACCAAGUGAGAAUGAAGGGCUUCAAAUUAAAAUGAGGUCAUAAUCAUAUAUGUACUUUAUUGGAGAUUAAAAAAACGUGUCAGUAUUUUUUUAAACAGCAGGGGCUCUCAAUUCAAAUAUUAGUCAUAUUGAAACCGUGCUUUCAUUGUGCGCUACGUCUGAUGCUUUUAGUGAGCCUGCGAGUCAGCAGCAGGGCAGUGUAUGCCACAGUGAGUCAAAAUGAACCAAUGUGUGUUUGAGUUCACUGGUACCAAAGUUUCCCAAACACAUAAGCACAUUUGAAGCAUGUGGAAACAGCUGUACACACGUCUUAGACUUUAGUCACUAACUAAUGACUGAUGUGUCACCAGAAAAUGGCACGAGUGUUAAUUUCUUACAUCCGGGGAUGAAUGACGGAUGAAUGGGGGAUUUGGCAAGCAGGGGAAAAACACUCAAAAGACACUUCAUUAGAUAUACUGGUUAAACUAGUCAUCAAUCUCAUGGCAUUAACUGUAGACAUGGUCAACUGGACUUGAAGUUCAAAACAAACACCAAAAUGUGGAAGAAAGGUGAAAAAAGAAAGAAAGGUUUAAGUCUGAAUGUGGCACGGUUGUUGGUAUUUCAGAAACUGCUGAUCUACUGGAUUUUCAGGGUUUAUGGAAAAUUAUGAUAGGUAGACACCAGUAACUCAAAUAGCUAUUUGUUACAAACAAAGGAUGUAGAAGAGCAUCUCUGAACACAUGACAUUAAAGCAGAUUGGCUACAGCAGCAGAAGACCACACCCUCUGCUACUCCUAUUGGCUAAGAACAGGAAUCUGAGGCUACAGGUCACACAGGCUCACAGUAGCAGGCUGGAAAAACCUUGCCUUGUCUGAUGAGUUUUGAUUUCUGCUUCAACAUUCAGGUGAUAGGGUCACAGGUAAUCUCAAACUGAUUCUUGAACAUGACUAUGAGUCCACCUGAUCCCAAUCUGGUAGAGCACCUUAGAAAUGUAGAAUGGGAGAUUCACAUCAUGGAAAUUUGCAGCAGCUCUGCAAAGCAGGGUCCAAACUUGUAUUGGCGAAGUGUAACUAACGACGUGGAUUUGUUUUCCUUUUGGUCAACUGACUUCCACUGCUGCUGGGACUGAGGUUUACAGCUCUAUGAGGAUUUAGCUGACGGCACUCUACGAUAUAUAAAAGCAGUGAUACUAACAAGGACAAUCAUUUUUAAAUUCGUCCUUGAUCUGUCACAGUGUAGCCUGUCGGAUAGCCUUUGUCCUUGUGUUUUCUUCCUUUUUUUAACAUUACAUUUUAAUCUGAUAUUGAAAACAUUAAUCUUUUUUUUUUAAAGCAUGAUAAGACUACAACAAUAAAAAAGUACAGGUGAUACUGAAGGCUUCAGCAUAGGCUAACUGCACUAUGAUGCCCCCUGCUGUAAAACCACCAGUUUUGUUUACGCCAUUUUUUUUUUCAAAGCUUAGUCCUACAAAUUCGAUUUCUUUUGUUCUGCGUCCUUUAAUAAAACUUCACCAUUAACACAUCUCUUUUGAAGUAACAAUAUUAGAGUGGACAUCAACAUUAAUAUGUACUGUAGCAGGACCUAGCGUGAAAACAGUCAGCUCACAUUCAGAUUUGCUUGUGUGAGGUUGGAACAUGUAUGUAUAUAAAUAUAUAUAUAUGUAUGUGUGUUGUUUAUUUUUUACUCUGUAGGUUUUGUAUGAAGCACACUAAAAGACUGAAGGCCUCCUCCCACCGCGCUUUCACUGAGGCGUAGCUUGUUUUUCUGCUGUCUGACUUUAAUGUCUCUGUUCAAACAAAACUUGAGGUUCUGAGGAAAAAACUGACGGUUUGUACUGACUGACUGGUGCUCACUGAAUAAAAUGUCACGUGGUGGUUUUUUUGCUUUUUUUUUUUUUUUAUAAGUUGUGGCUCAUUUAUGUCCUCCAACAUGUGUUCAACACAAUCAUCAAAUGUCAUGCAGAAGAACCAAUGAGAACAUUGGUAAGCUAGCAAAAAAACAGCUUUUUAUGUAAACUGCUGCAUUGUCAUUUAGCUUUGAAGAAGUGCAUUUUAUAUUAGGAAUCGUACAUUUAACCAAUUUCUUUCCCCCACAGUCAGCAGUUUGCAGAUGCAUCACAUAUCAGUAGUAGUUCUCAGUGAGAGGCUAAAACAUGUUGUAACAGUCACAGUAAUUAGUAAUCAGGAAUUUUUAAAAUGUUAGCUAAUAUUACCCUAUUAGUCAACAUUGUUAGCUAACAUUGUUAGCUAAUAGGGUAAUGGGUCACACCAGUUCAAAAGGCUUGUUGCAGCAAAGCCCCUGAAAGCACCAGACUUCUGUGAAUAUGAAUUCAUAUUUAAUCUUUCAUUUAUAUGAAGUUUAGACAAUUGGAUGUGCAAUUUUUUCUUUUUUGCUAGGAAAACAGGAAAUGGGCGCAGAAAUGUACUAAAUCAUCCAAAUGUACAUCGAAAUAACGCAAAAGUAGAGCUUGUGAACACAAGCAGCGCAGCCUGAUCUCUCUUAGGCAAGCUUUCUUGUCAUUUCAGAAAUAGUUCUGUGUUUUGAAGGACAUACUGAAGAUCUUUGGAUGUUGGCUGACUUAAGUUGGGUUUUCUCUUAGAACCUUGAACUCUGGGUUCUACCCAGCAGUGUGUUUGGGAUAACUGUCAUGUUGGAUCAAAAUCUGACUGUAUUUUCAGUGUUUAUAGUUCCAUCAGUUUUAGCAAGAUCCCCAGCUCCAAAUCAUGGUAUAGCCUCCACCAUGUUUUACAGAUGGUUCUACAGUCACAGUUGUACCUCUCUCCUAACCUCCUCCACAAAGAUUGACAUCCACCAAAAAUUUCAAAUCUGGAUUAAUCACUUCAUAAGACAUGUUGCCACUUCUUUUCAGUCAAACUUUGGUCUAAUUUGACAUACCACAGGUUCUUCUCUCGGAUCUCUUCCCUGUUACCUUUAAAGGUACAGUUAGCUAUUUUUUGAGAUUAUAUGAUAAUAAAUAAUAUCAUCAUCAUAAAUAUAUACCAUUAGAGUAAUUUUACCAUUUCACUGUAACUGUAAAAAAAUUUUAAACAAACUUUAAUUUUAGGUUUAUGAGAAUUCAUCUACUAACAUACAUAACAUUGCCAAAGAUAGAGGAGAAAAACAAGCUUGUAGGCGUUUGUGUGCCAUGGAGGCAAAUUUUAAUUUGUGCCAACACUUUCAGAAAGAAGAUAUGAGGGAGCAUAGCUAUGUUUUAUCUUCGGAGGUCUCCUUCACCAAAGAGGUGAAAACAUGAAGGAAAGAAACAACCUGACCGACAUUUUAAUAAAACACCAUCUCAUCCCUCCUCACCUCAACAGUCAACUCCAGAAGUAAAGUUGGGGCUCUAACACAAUGUUUCUCUAUUCCCAAUAUUUCACAAUUACUUAAUGUUAGUAGCAGCGGUAGGAAUCAACAAAGUACAAAUACUUUGUUACUGUACUUAAGUGGAUCUGUAGCUUAUUUUCUGACAACUUUUUACUUUUACUCUGUAAAUUUUUCUGAAAAUAGUUGUACUUUUUACUCCUUACAUUUUCAAAACAGGCUUAUUACGUUAGUUUCAACGGUAUUAUUUAUAGCAUUCAUACUUAGUUGUCCAUAAGUUGUGGUGGCCUGUCAUCAGCUUCUAGCUGGCGCUAAAGAAGAGGAGCGAGCGUAAGGGGAAUAACAUUUUUUUAACCAACAAGUAAUUUCAAAUGCAACGUUUCUGUCCACACAGACAGUUUGUACAGUCUGUUAUUCAAAUGUUGCAUAAAAAUACUUCACAGAAUUUUACCUUUAUACUGUCUAGAAUAAAGACAUACAGCCUUCUCCAGGGUAAACAGACCAGUUUCUUACCUGGCAUGCUGACUGUUUGCUGAGGUAAACAUACUCAGUUUUUAAAGU